AUGGCCUAUGUACCGGGACUGACGCUGCCCGCGUCAAUUUUCUCAAACACGCCAAUCUCUAUUCUCCUUCCCCUAGGAUUAGGUCUCGGAUCGGGCUUGGUAUCACAGCCGGGAAGACUACGACCCAAGAAAUUUUCUGACCGUGCCGCUCAAGAGCGAGGGAAAUUCCGCAGCACAGAAGAACAAUACCUUGCCUUGAAGCAACCUCCCUUCAGACCCCCUCCAUGGGUCUUCGCCCCUGCUUGGACAACGCUAUACCUGAUGAUGGGAUAUGCUGCAAACCGGGCAUGGACCACCGGAAUGGCUAGCUUGUACCCCAGUGUGGUGGAGAACACGCGGCGGGGUGCAACGCUAUAUACGAUCCAGCUAGGAUUGAAUAUCGUAUGGAUGCCUCUGUUCUUCGGCAUGGGCCGACCAAUCGAAGCGAUGCUAGAUAUCGUGACCUUGACAGGCACAGUGGGUUAUCUCACAUACAUCUGGAGCAAGGUCGACCAGACGGCAGCCUAUUGCUUGACGCCGUAUCUGGCUUGGCUUGGUUUCGCCACCUAUCUGACCGCUGGGACAGGACAUUUAAAUGGAUGGACGAUCAAAGGAAAUGAGGAAACCCAGGAAGAACUUACCAGGAAGGAGUCAUAG